AAUCGAGUUGUGGCGUUAGACUGCACGAUCGGCUCGAAUUCGUGUGCGCGACCCGCUGUACAAUAAAAUGGGGCCAAUUUUUAUUGCCCGUGAGGCUCAUCCAUAGAUAUAUCCCAAUGGCUACUCGUAUAUGUUGGAGAGAAGCGAAACAUGCGGUCAAAUGGAAUGACGUGAUUCGUUUGAUUUCAGUCAUGCCGUGGCUGGGGAAAUGCUGUUUCACGUUCAGUUUGCGGAGCGGCAGUAUUGUAAUCGCGAUCUUAACAAUCCUAGUGCCGUUAUUGGUCUACAUGGUUCAAAAGUACGACGGAUUUGGAGGCUGGCGGGCUGUUGUUAUAUACACGAAUGUUGGGAUUCCAGCAAUCUGCAGCGUACUUUUUCUCAUUUUUGGAAUUGCUCAGGAUAUGGAAUGGGCGAAAAAUACAUACGCAAAAAUACUUGGGAUAAAAAUCAUCACUGAUUUAAUAGCUUGCGCAGUACUGUUAAUUAAAAUACAGGGUCCUGCCCCCGGUAAAUUAGAACCGGUUGGUCCCUGGUAUAACUUAAUAGCUAUCCCAAUUUCAUUGACACUUUAUAACCUCUACUGUUUUUUGAUUGUGUACGAUUAUUCCAACUGCAAUGAAUUUUAUUGCGAAUAAAAUUGAUCUCCAACGGCACAGAAGGAAAGUGUAAUAUGGUAUUCAAAUAAUAUGAACGACAGUAUAUUUAAAAGAAAAUCGAAGAAUAAGUGCUAUAACUUUCCAGUUUGCUCUCAGCUCAUGCCCUUUAUGUACGAAAUAUCUCAAUGUAUCUUCUAUGCGCUAAGUGUGUGAAAUAAACAAUUUUCUAUAA